AUGGCCUUCCGUCUCCCUCUGCGCCGCAUUGCCCUGGCCCGCCCCGCCACCGUUGCGCGUGGCUUCCACUCGACGCCCCGCGCCCUGGUCAAGGUCGGCGACGAGGUCCCGAGCUUGGAGCUGUUCGAGAAGUCGGCCGCCAGCAAGAUCAACCUGGCCGACGAGUUCAAGAAGGGCGACGGCUACAUUGUCGGCGUCCCGGGCGCCUUCUCCGGCACCUGCUCCGGCACCCACGUCCCGUCGUACAUCAACCACCCUGACAUCAAGACGGCCGGCCAGGUCUUUGUCGUCUCCGUCAACGACCCCUUUGUCAUGAAGGCUUGGGCAGACCAGCUGGAUCCCGCCGGAGAGACAGGAAUCCGGUUCGUUGCCGACCCCACGGCUGAGUUCACAAAGGCUCUGGAACUGGGAUUCGACGACGCUGCUCCUCUGUUCGGAGGCACCCGAAGCAAGCGCUAUGCUCUCAAGGUUAAGGAUGGCAAGGUCACUGCCGCCUUUGUUGAGCCCGACAACACGGGCACUUCCGUGUCAAUGGCCGACAAGGUCCUCAGCUAA